AUGAUGCACAAUUCAAAGACCCAACCAUUCUCCAUGAUGGGUCACACACCACUAUCAUCGGAGAGGAGGAAAUAUCGAAGAAUGGAACAAAUUAUAAAACAUCUUAUACCUUUUGCAACUAUUAAAAGUAGUAGUAGUAUUGAAGAAAAUAAUUAUUGUACAACAAGUGUAAAUAAUAAUAGAAAAUGUGAAAAUAAUAAUCAAAUGAUGGAAAUAUUACAAUUUUUAAUAAGACACAUUCUUGUUACUAAAAGGAAUAAUAAGGAUUCUAUCAAUCAAUUAAAUAUAAUCCUACAAAAAUAUAUUCAACAAACGAAUGGGGAUUUUAAAAAGUAUUUACCAAUCGGAAUUAUUGCAGGACUGAUAUGUGCAAACAAAUAUAAUCAAAAUAAUAGUACUAUAUCGAAUAGAUUUAAUAUUGUAAAAAACAUUUUUAGUAACAGUGCUGGAAUUUUAAAAGAUAACAAUAUUGCAGUCACAAUUCAUCAUUUGAGUAUGAUUGAAAUUUUAAUUGCCAUUUCAAUUAUUGUUACAUUUUCUGGACUUACAGGAGCUGUGCUUGCACAAGUUUACGAAGAAAGUCGUGUGAGUAAUGCCUUGUUAGAUUUGGCAAAAUUACAGGAAGGACUAGUUCUUUAUUUCACAAGACAUGGUAAAUAUCCACUUUCACUUGAGGAUUUAUUAGAAGGAGGCGAGUUGAAUAAGGUUCCAAAAGAUCCUUGGGGAACAGAUUACCUCUAUGUCCCUCACCUCGAUUGGAAUCGUCUUAAUAGAAUUUUACUCACCACAACAACAAGCAAUAGUGGAAAUAAUUCUACUUCACAACAACAAUUAACAUAUUUCAAUGAAGUAUUGAAGAGAAUGGAAACUGUUCUGAUAACAUUACCUGGAGGUGUCACACCCAUGUCAUUACUAGCAAUUGCCAAUGAACAACCUUUCUGUAUUUGUGUGGGAACAAAGAUACCUCGUUUCCCAAGCAAGAUUGAUGUUGAUGUAUCGAGAGAACGUAUCAGAUAUGUGGCCAAUUUGAUGAAAAUGUCUAUGGAGAGAAGUAGUGUUGCUGGAAGUGUUCAAUCCAAUAAUCAACAAGGUGUCACCUCAAUAAUGAAUCAAAUUACUGAAUUGAAUGCCAGAAUUAAGAAUAUUUUAAAUGUUACCAGACAAGCAUCAGGUGGUGGAGAAUAA